CUCGCCAUAACAUAUCCCUUCAACUUUCAAGGGUCUUGAUUUAAACUCUAUAGCUGAUUUUCGAAGAAAGGGGAGAAAAUGGAAAGAAAGAGCUGCUGUGGAUAUAGCAUUCCUACAACCCCAAAGAAGGAACCUGUGGUAACCCCAAAAAAGGAAGAUGCGAAACCAGUCGUAAAGAAAGAAGAUGCUCCUGCCGUUCCUAGUAGCACAAAUGCCAUGAAAACUCCAAAGGCGGAGGAGAAAGAGACAGCUACAGUCAAGAAAGAACCUGUGAAAGUUUCUAAAGGAUGUGGUGGAUCCAGUUCUUGACAGUGAAAUCUGAACGUGGAGUCUGGAAAUUGGUUUGAGAGGCUCUGAUGUUUCCUUUUGUCUUUUAACUUACCACAGUUUUUUAUGUUUAUUUGCUGUUAGUCUUUCCAGUUCUGUGUCUGUUUCAGUUUGAAUAAAGCCUCUUCAAGUAAUAUAUUGCAAUUGUGUUA